ACGCCCGUCGCCCAUGACAUUGAGAUGAACAAGAGCAGAGUGAGCUGUUUAGUAGUUGAUUCUGGUCCAUUUAUAAAGGGAGUGGCUCUACAGGACUGGUCCAAGACUGUAUAUACUAUCAGAGACGUUAUUAGUGAGAUAAAGGACAGUGAGACCCGCCAGAGACUACAAAUAUUACCCUAUGAACUGAUAUUGAGGGAACCAUCACAAGAAUAUAUAAAACAUGAGGAUACCUUAUUCUACAGCUGGUUUCUACACUGGAAAGAAGCCACAGAAGAAUGAAGCGACAUUGAGUGAUUCCCUCAAUGAUAUUGAUAUUAAUAAAGAAUGUGAUGAUACAUCAACUGAACAAAGCACUAAUAGCAAAGAAGACAGAGAGAAGGAAAAAGAACAAAGUAAAGACUGUACUACAUGUAUAUCUAUACCCAUUGAUUAAUAGUAUCUUUAUAUUAAUUUAUAGUGUGAUGCUCUAUUUUUAUAUUCUAAUCCACACACACAUUGAUAUGACACACAUUAAACAUGUGCAUAUUUAU